AUGCCAUGUAUGUAUUUUUCUGGGGUAGAUAGCAGUGACAUCACCAUCGAUGAUCCUAGCAAGCGUCGCAUUAUAAUAAAUCCAGAAUUAUAUGAUAGAGUCCGCAAUAACGAGGAAGAAAAUACAAGAGUCUUUUUGGAUACUCACUUGCUUAAGAUUCGGGGUAAUGAAGGGCAAGAACGUCGUGCAGAGAAACUAGUGUCUAAGGGUAAUGCAUCUGUGGGCCUAGGAAAUAUGCCUUCUAUAUCUAUUCUUGUGUAUACUAGCCGGGCAUUGAUUACUGCUGAAUUUAGGGAGAUGAGUAGUGAUGAUUUCAAGGAUAGGUAUCUUGCUCUGCUUGAUAGUGCUAUUAGAGGCUCGAACAUUUCAAUUCCCCUAUUAGCACAAGCAUAUGCUUAUCCACUGGGAGAUGCAAUGCAUGUGGAGCAAGCUAUCCAAGAAUACUUUGAUAGGGAAAUAGCACGAACAAUCGAUCAUCUUUAUCAUGAUAUUGUUGAUGUAACCAAUCGGUUUUGCAGUCCAUCGUUUGUAAGACCCCCACUAGAUAGCAAAAGAAGGGUACAACCUGAUAUCAUUCACAUGUUGACUAAGUCGAAUUUAAAUACGCAAUAUCCCGAGCUUGUUUUUGGGGUAGGUGAUUACAAAACAGGAAUAUAUAAAAUGAUGCAAGGCUUCGAAGAAUUCAAGGCAGCUAUUCGGAACCGAAGAAGAUUGAGGCUGAAUUCAAUUGAGAACUUCUUUCCAGAUAGGGAGUGGUCGCCUAGGGUAUUAUUUGCCUUGCUUCUAAGCAAAUAUAUCUACGAAGCUUUUCUCUGUGGAACCGACAGGAUUUUUAUUUCAGACCACCAAACAUUCUCAGGAUUUUUCGAGUAUGAGAUAGUGGAUGGGGAAAUGAUUAUAGAUUACUAUAUCAUUAACGAUCCAGAAACAGUGAAAGAUGGUAUUACUUUGAGGUCAGCUAUAGCGGGAUUUUUUUAUAGAAGUGUUGGUGACGCAGCUGAUACAAUGGCCAGGUUGAUGGAAAUUUUUAGUGUUGCUAGCAACGUCGAGACGAAAAGUAUUAAAGAACUGGAUCCGUUCUUUAACGUUCGUCCUAGAGAUCCUUCUGGAUCUUCGAAAGAAUUGGCUGGACAUGGAUUUUCAGGCAGCUUAGACCCGGUAAAAGAAAACGACGACAGUGAUAACUUUGAUGCCAUUGAUGGCAACACAUAUUGCCGAGUUAUAUACGAUUCUGCAGAAUUUUAUCCUGAUUUGAAACUUCCAUCGCCAGUUUUUGUCAAAUUAUACUACUACUCUAGUCGCUUGUGGGAAAAAAAUAGUUUUAUGUAUUUGGAAAUACCGGAGAAAGAGGGGUACUAUGGCAUGUUUUUCAACGAGCUUUUAAUUAAUGAAAGAAUUGCUAAGUCAGAAUUCGCCUCCAAUUUUCCAAAACUCUUUGUUUCUGGUUAUUGGAAUGGGCUUUCCGAUCAUCCGAUGCAUAUAUUUGAAUAUCUAGGGAAGGAAGUCCCAGAAGAAAAGUGGAAUAAGAAAGAGGUGUACAGAGUUAUCAAGUCAAGACUCGAAGAGCUUCAUCUGAUAGGAAUCUCGCAUAAUGAUGUUCGGCCGGCCAACAUACAUGUGUCAGUUUCAGGUAAGAUUUCUUUGAUAGAUUUCGGAUUAUCGGACUGCACAAAUAAUGAAGAACACAAGAAGAAUGAUCUUGAGACUCUUGACUAUAUAUUGAGACCGAAUGCUUCUAAUGAAAGUGAAAAUGAAGUUAUGUUUGCUGAUAGAGCAGACGAAGAUGACAAAUAUGGAAAUGGUAGUAAUUCUUCUGGUGAAGAAAUAUUUGACGAAGGAAGUUCAGAAACUUACGGUACCAGGACAACGGUAGAAUAUGUUGCCUCAAAAUCACAAAGGUGA